AUGGUCACGUAUCCUCACGCGGGCGGUCGCGUAAAACCACGGAAAGUGAAUUCACGCAUCAAUACAUUUUGGGUGGAAAAUAUCUCUAUAUCUAUCCCUCUAUAUCUAUCUAUCCCUUUAUAUCUAUCCCUCUAUAUCUAUCCUAUCUAUAUCCCUCUAUAUCUAUCCUAUCUAUAUCCCUCUAUAUCUAUCCUUCUAUCUAUAUCCCUCUAUAUCUAUAUCUAUCCUAUCUAUAUCUAUCCAUCUAUCUAUAUCUAUCCCUCUAUAUCUAUAUCUAUCUAUAUUUGUUUGGAUAGAGGCGUCGAGUGGAAGAAUAAGCAGCAGCAGCCGUCGCCUCGACCGAAUAAUUAUUACCCGCGGAUGCCAAAUGCAAUGCAGUCGCUACUAAGACAAAAAUAUCAUUUUCUUUUCUUUUCGAACUUUCUUUGCCAGGAACGUAUUAAUGUACACACACACACACGCACGCACGCACACACAAUAUCUAUCUAUCUAUCUAUCUAUCUAUCUAUCUAUCUAUCUAUCUAUCUAUCUAUCUAUCUCAGUUUAUUUUUUAUAUUUUUGUGCAUGUUCAUAUAA